AUGGCAUUCCACUCAAUCUGCCUCAUCGGCGCCUCCGGCAACCUCGGCACCCUGAUCCUCAAACACCUCCUCGCCUCUUCCCAGAACUUCCAGAUCAAAGUCCUCUCGCGGCAAUCCUCGACCGCCACCUUCCCCGACUCUGUGACCGUGGCCCGCGUGGGGGACGACUACCCCGCCGGGGAACUCGAGCAGGCGUUUCGCGGAGUGGACGUCGUGGUGGCUGCCGUCAGCAUGCUCGGCAUGGGCGAGCAAUACAAAUUCAUCGACGCCUGCGUGGCGGCCAAAGUGAAACGGUACUUCCCCACGGAGUUUGGCCUCGACGACCUCCCCGAAUGGCUGCUGCAGCUGCGCGAGAUGUUCAAGAUCAAGCACGACGUGCGCGACUACUGCGUUGCCCGGGAGGCCCAGGGGCUCGAGUGGACGAGUGUUUGCUGCAAUGCGUUUUUCGAGAUGGGCGUCGCGUCGGGGUUCUUUCAGCUGCAUUGGAAGGAGAAGAAGGCCGUGCUGCUGGACGGCGGGAAUGCGAAAUUCGUGGCCACGACGCUGGAUACCGUUGCCGUUGCCGUCGUAAGGGCGAUUGAGAGGCCCGAGGUAUCCCGCAACAAAAUUAUGCUGGUGCAGGACUUUCGGACGAGUCAGCGCGAGAUUCUGGAUGCCGUGCAGCAGCGCGUGCCGGGGUGGGAGGCGGAAAAUGUGGAGAGCGGGUCGUGGUUGGAGGCUGGGAAGGAGGCCGUCCGGAGUGGCGACAAUAGUCAGUUGCCCAAGUUGACGUUUGGGACGUUUGGGCAGGGGAAUCAGUAUGAGGGACGGCCAGAGUAUGCGAAUGACGUGUUGGAGCUGCCGACAAAGUCGUUCUCAGAGGCCAUGGAUAUGUUCUGGAAGGAGUAUAAGGACCUUGUGAAUGCCUAG